AUGGAUGUCACAACAGUCAGGCAUCCAACGCCUUCCGACUUUAUUUAUCCCCAUGAAAAUUGGGAGGAUUGUUUUGUGGACGCCGCAUCUCGAGUGGCGGGACAGUGUAAAAAUCUUAACGAAUGUCCUGCGGUUUUGAGGAAAUGGCAAGAGGAGAAUGUCUAUCCUAAAACAUGUUAUUUUAUGCAAACAGAACAAUUCGUUUGUUGUCCGAAGGCAAAGCAGGUAACCCAUGACCCCAUAAGGGAAACAACAACACUACGAUCGCUUGGCAGUACCACAACUGAAACAUGGUCACAAAAACUACAGAAGAUACAACGUAGGAAAUUGGAAUGUGAUAUAGAGCUCAAAUUUCGUUCACUUGUUGUCUAUGGUACCCCAACGCAGCGGGAUGAAUUUCCCUUUAUGGCCACCCUGGGCUGGACCUCAAACUUCGACAACAAGCCAUGGUAUCGCUGUGGAGGAGCAGUUAUUUCACCAAAAUUUGUUCUAACUGCGGCACACUGUGCCGAAAUCGGAGGGGAAUUUCCAAGCCUGGUACGCAUUGGUGGUUCAAAUUUAAGUGAUAGCUCUGUUCGGGAUGUCAGAAUAAAGCGCUUCAUAAAACAUCCCCAAUACAAUGCGCAGACAGUUUACAAUGAUAUAGCUUUGAUAGAGCUCGAGAUGGAGGUGAAGGAGCAGGGCAAAUUCAUUGAAACUCCCUGCUUGUGGUCCCAGGAGAAUUUGACUACAGAUAAUGUCACAGUUGUGGGUUAUGGUCAUACGCAGUUCGGAGGCAUUGCUUCCAACCGGCUGCUAAAGGCGAAUCUCAAAGUUGUACCAUACAAUGUUUGUCAGCAGUAUUAUGGCCAAAAUGGCGACGACACACCGUCCGGAAUACGCUCUGCAAUGCAUCUAUGUGCUGGAGAUCCGGAAGGGUUACGCGACACCUGUCAGGGUGAUUCAGGUGGUCCACUGAUAAUGGAAGAUGUUCGAGAGGGUUUUAGAAGUCAAUAUAUUGUUGGAAUUACGUCCUUCGGCCUGGGAUGUGCCGGUGAACCGCCAUCGAUUUAUACCCGAGUCUCAUCAUAUUUGAAAUGGAUCGAGGAUAUUGUAUAUACAUUGGAAGUUACAUAGAUGU